AUGGCGGGACAGCCAGAGACGCAGCUGGCCCCAGUGACGUGUCCCGCUGGCAAUGAGCGGCAAGUCCGCCACCCUCUGCUGUCUGCUGAUGCCGUCCCUCCGUUCGAUAUCUGGUUGAACAAUUACGAUAGUAUCACCGAUCGGUUUGGGAGAGACACGCCAGACGAGCAGCUCUUCGAGCUAUGCAACAAGUACUGGGCCUUGCCAGACAAGGCCAUGUCUUUCUUCGACGCGGCGGGGAAGCCGUUGAUCGCUCGCCAUCCAAUGAACGACCGUGGAGACUACGGGUCGCGCGUGGGUCUCAUGAAGUCCAUCCAGUCCUUGGGGCUCUUGCUUAACAUUCGGUCGCCUCCGUUCUUGGUAGAGAAGGCAGAGGGCCAGGAGUAUCUCAGCCUGCAUUGGGCAACUACCAUCGAGGCUGUUUACAUGGCGUACGAGACGUCUCCCAAGAACAGAUUGGUGACGCAUGCAGUGGCAGGGGGACUUCCUCGAUGCAAGAUCUACCAUCCCAAGAUUCCGAACGACGGCGCGAAGUUCCUGAAGGAGUACGGCAACAAGGGCAACGACCACAUCACGAAGAAAACGUUCAUGGAGUGCUACCGCGAGGCGGGGAGGAUCGAGAAAGCUUGGGAGAGGCGCAAGAAAGAUAUGCAAUGGACGAUCGCGUCCCUCACUUACGCCGUGCACGAGGAGAAGAAACACGAGUUCGCUUGCUCUGUAUUACCUGGGCGCUUCGAUAGGCCUCGGCAUUUCGAGGUGUGCUUGCAUGUCGCCAAGGAGAGCCAGAAGGUCGUCAUUGAGAGGGGGCCCGACAAGGGCCUCACUUGCUGGCAAGCUUUGGAGAAGGCCGUGAAAACGCACUGCGACUUGUCGCACCCUUCCGCUUGCUCGUUCUCGACUAUCUUCGUUAACAUCUACCACAUAUUCCGAAAGGUGAGGGCCGACCACGCCGAGUUCUUCGCUGACCUGUGCCUCAUGAUACUGCCCGUUGCUACGCCCUUGGGGAAGUGCGUGCUCUUACCGAACGGCCUAGGCACAGUCGCAGUGACAAAGUUGACCGAGAACGCCAUCGAUGCACUUUUCUUGGAGAUGGAGGAGAGCAAAGCUGUCCAGGAGGCGAUGGCGGCCGCAUCUGCGCAGGAGACUGAAUCCAAACAACACGAGCAAGAGCAGCAGGCCUUGGCGGCGAAGGAGGCGGAGGAUAAAAAGAAUGAGAAGGACCAGCAUGGCAAGAAGGGCAAGAGCACCAAGACGGACAGCCAGGCGAAGAUUCUGAAGAAGAAGGUCAAGUCUUUGGAGAGCCAGCCACUCCUGACCAAAGAAGAUGGUGAGAAAAACUUCCUGGGCGUGCUCGAGCAGACGAUCAAGUACAUGGUAAAGGUGGACGCGUCGCAGCAGGAGCUCAUCCGCUCGUUUCGGUUCUGCGCGUUGGCUGGCGCCUUGGGCGAGAAGAUUUCGCUCGUGGUCGGCGGGGUACCGAAGGAGGUCAAGGGCUACUCCAAGUUGACGAAAUUCUACAAGACGCAGUUGUACAAGUCUGCCGCGCUUCAACCGAGGACGUCCGACCCAGACUUCUUCGCAGCACAGAUCAGCGGGGCUCCAAGCGCGACGUCGGCUGCGAGCUCCAUGGACGUGGCCAUGAAGCUGAAGGAGAAGCUUGAGGAUGGGGCCUCCAUGCUGCCCGACUUGAUGAAGUUCGUGAAGGGGAAUCCUCUGGACAAGCCCGUGAUCACGAGUGAGUUCGCGCCGCAUGCCAUCAACGGUGUUAUGAUGCGCCUGAUGCACAUGCUCGUCGAGAAAGGCGGGGCGUUCGUGAACGUCAUUGAGGCCAUGAGAUUAUUGGUUAGUGGAGCUAUGGAAUACCUGCAGACUGCAAUUCCGCCUGCAUGGGAUGGUCUGGCGGCAACGCUUGGGGAGCUAGAUGCCGUCAGCUCGGAGUGCCGCUCGUUGGCCAUUGACGGCGUCUCGGCCGAGAUCGUCGAGGCGAUUUCCUCGAAGGUCAACUUGGAGCUCCUUCGCACCAUACGUCACCGCCUUUUCGUUCACAUGCUGGGCUCAGUGGGACCCAUGAGCACGAAGAUCCGAGAUGGUCCCAACGUAGUCGAUCGGCCGUAUGCGCCGCCGCUGCUGCUCAACAUUGUGAAGACCUUGACGAACGCUUACCCUAACGACAUGCAGGCAUCAUCUGGAUUACCUCUCGCGAAGUUGGAAGACACGCUGAAGUUGGAUUUCAGUGGCCUGUCCGAGAAGAUUGUCGAGACGAUCAUCGAGUUCACCAGCCACUGCGAGAAGCAUGAUGGGUCCCUGUUUGUCAACAUGAGGAACGCGGUGGAGAGCGACCUACAGAAGUUUACUGCUAAACAGAUGGCGGGGUUCGUUGCCUCUGAGAAGCUGAAUGUCGGGAAGCCCGUUGGCAAGGGCAUGGAUCUGUUCCCGAGCAAGCGGGUGGAGGCCGUCGCAGAGAUCAUGGCAGAAUACGACAAGAAGCAUGCAGACCUGAAGUUGGCGAGCUCUAUCUUGGAUAAUACGUGGGUUGCCAUCGUCAACUCUCUCACCGACAUCGGGGGCGAUACUUCAGCAGACACCGUGCUUGUUGCUCCUACAGGUGACGUUGCGGGUGUUGCUGCUACGGGCGCGGACGCGAACAAGGACGACAAGAAGGACGGCAAGGUCGAGCUGACGGAGUGGUGGAAGCAAACGCUGGCCACUGAGGGUGGGAUCGACUCGGCGGACUCUUCGGUGCUCACGCGGGAGAUCAUAGCUCAUCUGCAGUUGGCCUUCUCGAAACUUCCACGCGUUGCUUAUCAGAAGAGUGACGAUGACGAUGCCGCGCCUUGCCCAGCGGGGCAGAUCAGCAUUACUACGAUGGAGGCUUCAAAGGGCGGCAAGGCAAAGGGCAUUCUGGAGAUGGUCGACAUGAAUAUUUUGACAACUUCCUUGCCGUUCUGGGGCAGGGUCGUGACUACCGCUGCGGCGGCGAACAUGUCAAAGAGCAACUGCUUGCCGCUCGGGGACUCGAACGGUUUGGGGCCAGCUCUUUUUCUUGAUGGCACAGCGGUGCAGAACAUCAAGAAGUCGGACGCUUGCUUGGCGUGGCUGGUGCCUCCACUCCCGCAAAAGAAGGACGACGACAGCAAGGAUGGCGAGGUGGUGGCCACGCCGGCGAAGAAGGCUCGCAAGACGCCUCCGAAGAAGCAGCCGCUGAGGGCCACGCACAAAGUGUGCUUCGAGAAGAAGGUCUCGAUCGAGGUCGAUGGCAAGUCGUACACGUACGACUCGCCAGUGUUGGUGCACGUAAAGGAGUUCGCGCAG